UGUGUGUGUGUGUGUGUGUGUCCUGACAAAGGCUCCAUCCAGCCAUACUGCAGAGGGCUGCCUGUUCCCAGAGACCCUCACAGCUCCUCCAGGACACCCAGUCUCUCUGCCGCCCGCAGCCCAGACACAGCAGCCCCGACACGGACACUGCUGUGCCCCUCUAACCCCCCCGUCUCCUCCUGGAGCUCCGACACCUGUUUGGAUUACUGAUGGACGGGAGACACGGAGACGAGUUUAAAGUGGGAGACAUAGUGGGAGUUUGAAGACAGAAGAGACGAGACGAGAAGAGAAGAGACGAGAAGGUGAAGUCAGAGAACUUCAUCGUCUGGACUACAAACUCAAGCUGCUGAUUUUGUCAAGACUGAAUCACAGUUCUUUGUUGACUGACUGAUUUUUUGUCUUUUUUAAGGAUCUUUGGAUCAGAUCAGCGUCUAAAGGUUUGGGAAACGUCAGCAGAUCAUUUUAUGACUGAAUUUUGGGGCGUUUCGGAAACAUUUGCACCAACUUCUGCACUUUUCACGUCCUUCGAAGCACCAAGACCGACCCUGAACCAUCCUGGUUUGAAUCUACCGUAUCGUCAUCAUGGCUCCGUCUGUCGGUCUGUGGUUGUGUCUGUACCUGUCGCUGCUGUUUACGGACGCAAAGAGCGUCGAGCAACACGACAAUCGGCGCAACGCUCUCGACAAACCGUCCUCCCGUAUCAAGCUGGAGCCGCUUUGGAUCACCAAACAGCUCAGGGCCGAGGACGACACCUCCAACCCUCAGAGUCUCUCGCUGUCCGAGCUGCUGGAUCUAGAUCUGGACCAGCACCGGCGCCUGGCUCGUGGCGCCGACGAGGAGGAGCAACAGUCAACCUUCAGCCAGUCCUUCGAGAAUGACUCGGUGACGCCGCCGCAGGUCACCGCGUUCGACAACGGGACGAAAGUCGCAGCAGAUGACGACAGUGACGAUAGUGAUGAUACUAGUCACCAUGGAAACACCUCCAUCUCCGUCCGCGAGGACCCGAGACCCUUCAACCCUUUCUACCCGCUUGCGGAGAGCUCGUACGCGGCCUACGCGAUCCUGUUCCUGGGCGGCCUGGUGCUGGUUUUGGGCGUGGUGGGAAACAUGGCCGUCAUGUGCGUCGUCUGGAACAACUAUUACAUGAGGUCCGCCUGGAACUACCUGCUGGCCAGCAUGGCAUUCUGGGACUUCCUGGUCCUGGUGCUCUGCCUUCCCGUGGUCGUCCUCAACCAGCUCUCUCAUAGGAGGAUCCUGGGUGACAUCACCUGCCGCAUGGUGCCUUAUAUGGAGGCCGUCUCUCUGGGCAUCACCUCCUUCACUCUGUGCGCCCUCGGUAUCGAUCGUUUCCACGCCGCCACCUCCUCGUCCCAGCCGAAGGCGCGGCGGGUGGAGCGCUGCCGCUCGGUGCUGCUGAAGCUGCUGUUGGUGUGGCUCACCGCUUUGCUGCUGUCCAGCCCAGAAAUCUUCCUCUGGCAGCUGAGCCAAAGCCUGUCGCCGUCCACCAGCCAGUUGGUGGACUCCUGCGUCAUCACCCCGUCCUCCCCUCUGUCCCUCUACCUGCCCGACUCCCUCCACUCUCUGCUGCUCAGGUAUCACCAGGGCCGUAUGUGGUGGUGUUUUGGCUGCUACUUCUGCCUCCCCAUCCUCUUCACCAUCCUCUGCCAAAUGGCCACCCGCAACGUCAGCAGCGACUCCAACUCAACCCAAAAGCAGCGCAACCAAGACGACCGUUCCUCCAAUCAGAAGCGUCAGCAGCACCAGGCGGUGGAGCGGCAGCUGAACUGCACGCUGUUAGCGUUAGCCGUGGUUUACGGAGUCUGUGCUCUGCCCGAACACGUCUGCAAGAUCACGCUGGCCUACACGCACAUCACCGUCUCCGAGAACACGGCCAACAUGCUGACACUGUUGCAUCACUUCCUGUUGUUCUUCAAGUCAUCGGUGACGCCGGUGCUGCUGCUGUGUCUGUGUAAGGCUCUCGGUCAGGCCUUCAUGGACUGCUGCUGCUGCUGCUGCCAAGACUGUCAGCCAACCACGGCUCAAGGCUCGCCAAGCUCCGCCCAGGUCAAACUGAAGGCGGCCAAUGAGACGUCCAUCUUCUUCGACAAGGCUAAAGACACGUCAGCCAUUUUGUCCAUCUCCAGCUAGAGGUCCCUCUGUCACCAUCGAUCCAUCGUUUCCUUCUUAAAGCUUCUUUCCCAACAUUGUUAACUCCCGCUCUCUCCCUCCGGUGUUUGCUUUUCUUUCCAUCCAUUCUUCUUACCUUCUCCCAGAACACUUGUGGGUCACUGAUCACCUUCCUUUCUGUCCUCUUCCAUUUGUAUGAUAUUCCUCUAUGGACACUGUGUUAGCUUCCUGUCUGUGCAGGAAGUGAUGUUUAAUCUGUAGUGACAUUAGAAAAGUUGCUGUACUUGCACAACCAGCUGUUUCAGGACUCUGUGAAUGGACUCUUCCCCCCAACUUCCUGCUGUAAUAAUGUUUGAUGAUGUAUCUCCAUGAUGUCUCCUUUGGUCUGAAGCUCAAUGUGUUUAAAUCAGGGCUUGAUGGAGAACAUGAAGAAGCUGCUUUAAGGCUCUUGAUUGAACAUCCAAUUGAACAAGUUACGUAACCAUUAAACUGGCAGAGGACAGUGUACAGUCGACGUGUUGUGUAUUGAAAUGGUUACGACUCGAAACACUCGCAGGUCAGUUGGUUCAUCUGUGAAACGUUCAGCGUGCAGCGACCAGAACGGAUCGACAAUAAUACACGGCUGUCGUAUCUUUGAGGGAAGCCACGACCGGUCGCCACUGAGGCAGCACAUUCACGUUUAAACUCAUAAAAUGCAAAAGGUUAUUUUCAAAGACAUUGCAUAUUUAGUGUCGCUAACUUGACCACAAACCUCUAACUAACCGACUGAGGGGUUCCUACAACGUCCUAGAUGGAAGCACAGGCCACUGAGCUGCCGGUUUCUGAAGAGUUAUGGGCAGAUAUCAACAAUAACAAUAUGAGAACUAUUUCAAUGAGCUUCAUGGUCGACACAUUUAGGUCAGAACUUGCUGUAACUCUGACCUCUGAUGGUCCUUUCAGACUCAGUGUGUUGUGCCAUCGAGCCACAGAUCGCGUUGUGUCUCAAAGGGCCAUAAAUCGCCACAGACUUCCAACAGUUCAAUUCGUGUUCAAUCAACCAAUCAGAGCUGAGAUGGGGAUUUAAAUAUCGGCUCACGUUACCGUGAAUGAGCCUGACACAGCUUCAUUAAUGAUGCUAAAGGGAAGGAGGUGGUGAAGAGAUCUGAAGAGGAUUUGAACAGGACUCAGACCGUCUCUCUGUACAGGAAGUUAAACUGUGUAGGUUUUAAAUGUAUUAAUUAAGACUGUCGCACUCAAACGACUAGAACAAACGAAGAAAACAAGAUAUGACUGUAGCUUUUAGUUCUAGAUUACGACUAAUGACGGGAAGUGAGAGCUUCAUUUGUUAUGUCACGACAACGUGUUUGUCUUCGUCAUGUUACAUCCACAGCCCACCGUGCCUUAGUGUCCGCAGGAACACCAGCCAGUCAACAGUCAGUCAACAGUCAGUCAACAGUCAGUCAGUCAGUAGAAAUAAAUCCGACUAACUUCGCACUGAGCAGCUUGUUCAAAUGUUGGUACAAACUCGACUUUAAUCUUUUUUUCUUUGCUGAAGCAAAAUGGAAAAAAAACGGCAAACGUUAAAAUUACAAAAAAGAAUUAAUCAACCCACAUUUGAAAAAAUGUGUAAUUAGAUUAUAGUUACAUUGUUUACGUUACAUUGAGAUUACAGUUUCCAAGAUCUUUAAAAUAUGGCAAUUUCAAAAUGAUGAAG